UCCACUUUAGGGGUUUUGUUUUUUGUUUCUCAUCCGUCUCUUAAAUGAACAAAAUGAUUUGAAGGCAAAACAUUGCUUGAGAUGACAGGAGCAACGACGACUCCAGGGGCUUGAAGGUAAACACGAAGACGUGUACAAUGUGAGAGAUGAACAAACUGUCUGGGAACAAUUCGACGGUGAUGAACAGCUCCUUGACCAAGUGGUCAUUCAACGAUGGCGGCUCUUUCCAACAUUUGGACCCCAGCGAGCUGAGGGUCCUGGUGCCGGCCAUCCUGGGCUUCAUAUGUGUCCUGGGCUUGGCUUGUAAUUUCACCGGCGUGGCCAUCUUGUUCUCCAACGCCCACAGGGGCAAACUGUCUCUCAUCAACUCCCUCAUCUUCAACCUGAUGUUCGCCGACGGGCUGGUGCUGCUCUUUACCGUGCCCUUCCGGGCCGUCUCCUACUCCAGGCCGAGCUGGUCCCUGGGAUGGGUGGCGUGCAAGACGUCCGACUGGUUCUUUCAUUCUUGCAUGGCAGCCAAAAGCUUCACAGUGGCCGUCAUGGCAAAAGCCUGCUACUGCUACGUGUCCAACCCAACCAAGCAGGUGAGCAUCCACCUGGGCUCCAUCUUGUUGGUCUUCCUCUUCAUCUGGCUGUCGGCUUGCACCGUUCCCAUCCCUCACUGGCUCUUUGCCACACUGCAACCUGGGCUCCACGGGCUCACGUGUGUGCUGCAGGUCCCCCCUGAAGCAUGGGGGUUCAUGUUUGUGUACAUAAAGGCGUACCCGCUGGGGGUGUACUGUGCCCCCCUCAGCUUUUCCCUGCUGUACUUCUGGAAGGCUUACAGCCAGUGCCAGCGGCGCUCCAGUAAGACUCAGAAUUUGCGCACACAGAUCAGGUCCAGGAAGCUCACCUUGAUGCUCUUCAAUCUCACCAUAGCCACCGCCGUCCUCUGGCUUCCGCAGUGGGUGGUGUGGGUUUGGGAGCGCCUCUCGGCAGACGGAGCGACCGCAGGAUCGCAGAACUUCAUCUCUCCUCCUCCUCUUCUCAUCGCCCUAUCGGCACAACUGCUCAGCUUCUCGCUGUCGCUCGUCAACCCUCUCAUCGUGCUCUGCCUCUCCGAGGAGUUCCGAGAGGGCUACCGCGGGCUGUGGAGGCGCCUCACCCUGCGCAAGCACCCCCCCUCCAAGCCCGGACCACACAAACCCACCUCGCUCCAGUCGCCUCGCCCAAGACCGGAGACUUCUGGCCAGGAGAGGGAUGAGAGGCGCGUUGGACCAAUGAUCACCAAGCCGGGGACCAGCAGAGAUGCCGCACCGGAGCAAGGCGCAGUGCGAGCAGGGGGCGAUGUUGACAAAGAUGGGCUCGUCCUGCCGGACGUGGAGCAGUUCUGGCAUGAGAGGGAGUCCGGAUCACAUUUGGAUGAAAAUGACCCGGUACCGUGGGAACAUCAGGACCACUGCUAGAGAAAUUAACAACCAGCUAAAUCUUAUAAUUAUAUCAGCAACAUUUUUUUGUCUCUCUGUGAAUUGGGCUGCACAGUAUAAUCGCUGAUGUUCUGUGUAUUUUUGUGUACAUCUUUUGCAGGGUCCAAUUAAUGUGGAAUACAAAUACCUUUAAUUGUAUGGUAGUACUAUCUAUCUGUGUAAAUUAUUGCUUAUUGUUGGUUGGAAGAGGAUAUGCUUUUUGUGUCAAUGGAAGCAAUAUGUACCAAAAAAAAAACAAAAAAACUAGACAGUUAAACCCACUAUAAUGUGUACCUGGGCCUUAUUUUGAGAAAGUGAAUGUUUCUAUUUGUUGAAUGAUCAUGUUCUUGCUGCUGAUGACACAUAAAUGGCAAAGGUUAAGGACAUUUAACGUCAUUUGUACAGCCACAGAGCAGUACAGGUGCAUGGGAGUUUCUUGUGUAAGUCUUAUUGAGUCCAUUAAUGUAAAAACAUUUGAAAUUAAAAGGCAGUUUGUGUACAGUACAAAGUUAAAAAGAGAUUGCUAUUUUCAUUUUUUUAAAUAGUUUUUGACUAUUUUCCACAUCCCAAAUUAUUCAGAGAACUCUAAAUGUAUAGUUAAUAAGAAAUUUCUAGAAUGUCUCUGAAGUUCCUGGAAUCCUUUAUAAUGCUGCCAAAGUGAGUUGCGAUUUCUCAAAAAUUGUCCAGGAGAUCAACCAUUUUCAAAUAAAAUAUUAAUGUUUUAAUUCAACAAUUUAGAAUCUUUUGCCACUUUCUUGUGUCAUUUCCUGCUAAAGGACAAUCCAAAUAAAUAAAUAACGAUUUUGAGCUUAAUAUUACAUAAACCU